UUUUCUGAAGGUGUCGUGUUGCCCUUUCCCUAGCAAUAAGUCAUGGACCCACAUCCUGAGGCCUGCUCAAAAUUGCCAUCAAGAGACUAUGGUGAUGAUGAUGAUGGAGUCAGUGGGUGUGCCUGUGCUCAUCUCCUGCAAGAACUGCCUGUUAAAGUGACAGCGCAAGACCAGGAGUUAAGCACAGUCAGAAAAGAUGUGGCGCUACUUCUCUCUGAACUUGGUCAAACAAAACAUAUUCUGAAUGGAAUCAGUAAAGAGCUUACAGAGUGGAAAAAAUUUGAUCAUGAUUCAAGUGUUUAGAAUAAUGUCACCACUAUUAACGUCUUCUAACAAGUUAAAAAAACAAUUUUCUUCUUCUCCUUCAUAUGCUACCUCAUGUAGGUGUGUCACAGCAUUGUAGCUAACAACA